ACAGACCUGGUCAUCAGGAGGAAGGAAGAGGAUUUACAUGAUUCCCAGGUCGUCUUCUCCUCACAGUGUUUGGGCACCUGCAGAAUCUUUACUGGAUAGUGAAUUAAAGAGGCCAGCACCAAUUCUACUAUCAGUGGUAACCAGCUAAAUCCUUUUAUUUAAUUUCAGGUGUUUAUAAUGAGGUUGUUUCCCUCCUGGCACACAUGGAUGACCAAGAUAAGGACAGAAUUGCCCUCAGGAUUGCCUCUAUAGCUAAGACCAAGCUGGCUAGUGUUGUGAGAGUUCUGCUGGAGAAACUGCAACAGGAUAAGCAAAACAGAGUAGCCAUCUACUAUAUCCUGGAGGGGGUGUUACAGCAGGACACUGGGGGCCUAGAGAUGAGGCUAGUGAAAAAAAUUAUAAGCCUAGCCUCAGAGCAGAUGAGAGAGACUCAGGAAGCAACAAAUGAGGUAAAAGUGGCAGCUAGCAACAUGUUAGUGACUCUGGCAAGCUGCUAUUUUGAUGAUGUCAUGUAUGAGCUGCACUGUCACCUGAAACCACCGAAGCUGCCUGAAGAGUUUAUUUUAGUUACGCUGGGCAACCUGUCAUCAGCCUAUGCACUUGACUGUAUCCCUUUUGUGGAAAUGACCCUGAACGCCAUGUUCUCCAUGUUGGAGUUAGUGAAUGACAGCAGGCUGAGACAAGCAUUUUGCGGUGUUCUGGAGCAAUGGUCAAGGGCAGUACGUCUCUUUUUGGCUAACUGGGAAAAGUGCCCAUUCCCCAGAGUGGGCGAAUUGCGGCUGUGCAAUCAUUUUCUUCCCGUCUACUCUCAUGUGACCAGCAACUGGCUGACCUGUGAGGAGCCGGAGCUCAAGCAGGCUAUCAUCAAAGCCCUUGGUCCCAUGAUGAGUCUCCUGCUACACAAAGAGGAGUAUCAAGAUCAGAUAUUUGAACAGAUCUCAUGGCUUCUUGAGCAAUAUAAGGAGAGCACUGAUGGUUUUCACAUCACCAAGAGUCUGAGCCAGCUCUUGGAGGUCUCGGGUGAAUAUAAGAUCCCUCUCCCUGGCGGGAAGUUUCAAGCCAUCUGCAGUGCUCUGCACAACCAGCUCUGUUCUCAAGCUAAGCUGCUCAGCAUGGAAAAUCACACAAAGCUGGUCUAUUGUAUAGUUCAGCUAGCCCGUUCUUCUCCUGAUGAUCUGAUAGCCUUUCUGCACUCACAGCUGAAGAUUGAAAAUGAGGUUGUUCGUGUGGCAUCUCUGAAUCUGCUCAGAGCUAUUGUUGAUGCUGACUUGCCCGAGACAAGACUGAAAAAGUUUCUGAUUGUGAAGGCAGUGAAAUCUACUUUCAGCGAUCAGAAUGCUACGGCAGAAGGGAUAACAAUAACUCAUGUGUGUCAUCUCUACCCUUGCAGGUGA